AUUCUUUCAUUCCAUUAUGGAGCCGAAAUUUAAGAGAUCUAAGGUGUUCAAAGAUACAGCCAAUUUUAAGCUAAAGGGAACUACUUUUGACGCCCAACAUUUGGACCAAUUCGUCCAAUUUGGCUACUCAGGAGUUACGCAUGGAGUUGUAAGACCAACUGCAGUUACCACCAAAAAUUCCUUCAAUCCAAAAAUGAAGCAUAGAAGAGAGAAAUAUCAUAACAUUAGACCUGAUCCAGCAUUUGUAAGUCUUCCAAGAGACAUGCAAAAGCAGGGAAGAUAUGUAGACCAAUACGAUGGUCCUUCUUCAUUGAUCUUAAUAACCCAGCCCUCUCACAAAAAAUCUUCGAGUAAAACAAGAACUUACUACAACAAUUUUCACACUAAAUUGCCUGCAGCAGAUCCUUUAAAAGACGAUCUUGAAAUAAAAUCUCAUAAAAGACAAUUAGACAACAUGCAAAAGCUCAAGGAAUCGAUAGAUAAGGGCCAAAGGAUGAAAACCGAGAAUAAUUUCCUAAGAAAGCGUAACAGGCUUCUUAAGACUAACUGGAAACAUGGCAUUGUAGGGAUCGACAGCAUAGAGACCCCAGUCAAUGAAGUUUACAAACAGAUUAAGACCCAGAGAGAGUCAUUGGAGAAACUCAAAGCUAGAAGAGCCAAGGCUAGAUUGUCAAACCUUGUUAAGAGAGAUAUUUCAUAUGAAAGUGAUCAUUUGAACGACCCUCAUACGAAGAAAUCUGUAGAUUUAGAUCAUCAUUGGAAGACAAAGAGAGUUAAUCCUGAGAACUUUAGAAGCACGUUUACCAGCAUUUUCACUCCUCUCAUACCUCCUCAGAACCAGAAAAGGAAGGAAAAUAUCAUAUUGGGGGAGACAAAGGGGAGGCAGUUCAACAUCCUUUCCAACACAGAUAGAAUUGGGUAAUAACA